AUUCUGGGAUGCCAGACAGAUACAAAGGCUGAUGAUGUAACGCCGUGACGUCACUAACCCCGCCUUCUCUGACUCUGCGCUGCUCCGAGGGUGUUUAGACAUUCACGGAAAGAUGGAUGCCGCAUCUGUAUUUGGCGAUAUGACGAAGGAUCUUCACUCUGAAACAGGAAGCGACGUCGUUGUCGGAUAACCCGAGCAAAUUUACCUGAACCUUUUGCUGCGUUUCCGUUCCGUCCGUCUACAUCUGUGGACAUUUUGUAAUUUGUAAAAAAAAUUAAAAAAAAGUUGCCUGUAAUCUGCGUAUCGUUCACGUUUUUACACCUCCGUACCUCAUGGAUGAGCACUCUCUUUUUCUCCAACACUAACAAGACUUUAAUGAUUCAUUUUAUUUUCUUUUUGAGAUUUUAUUAUUUAUAACAUCGGACACUUAUUUAUUAGUGUUUACUACGUCGUUAGUUCGUGAUUUUAUUUCUUUAUCGUCCUCAUACACUGAUCAGUCGAGGCCUGGAGAACGGUGUUGUUUUUAAUGUAAUUUCUCUUUGACUAGAUGUCAGUAUUUUUGCUUCAGGCAAUAAGUAAGUGCAAUCAGGGAUCAAUCUAACUGCUGAUGUCGAGCUUUUUGAUCUAGGCACCAAAAAAAAGUCCGUUGAUGACAACCGCUGUCUGGGAUUGCUUUUCUGCAAAUGCGACAGGAAAAAAAAAAAAGGAACGUUUUUGCGUGAUUCACACAAGAUUUGUAAGAACCUAACCACAGGCACUGACUCCGUAGUUACGACAUCUGCUGCUCCAGACUCGCUCUUAGCGAAGGCAGGUUGAUUUUUAACUUCGUAGCAAUUCAGGGAUUUAAAAAUGAAAAUCCCGACGUUCUCGUUGUUUUGUCUGCUGACGUUUGCUUUAACGAAAGAAGACUGACAGCACGAGCUUCUGAAAAACUGGUUACCUCCAGACUUUAAUUUUUGCAUCCACACAUCGGCUAAUGAAGGGAAAUUAACCUCUGAAGUGCAUCUUCCAUCCAGACGUUGGCGAACGUGAGCGCUGAAAACCUGCUGAAGCCCUCGAAGAGCUUGACAACCAAAGUGGAUUCACAGAACAAGCUUGUGAAAUGCAAUAUUUAUGAAACUCUAUGUACAUCUGUGGCCAUAAACCAAACUGUAUACGUCAAGGCAGAAUCAGUGAAUGAACUCUUUUGGCAUGAUAAAAAAAACAAACAAACCUGGAUCUAAUGUGAACUCUGAAACAAACGCGCUUCUGAGUCGCCGUAUUCAUGAAGUCCUGGAAGGAAAAACGGGUUCCUCAGGGACUGAGCUUCUGAAAGGAAAAGCAAAAAAAGGUCCAAAAACUACUUUUUCUUUUCAGCUUGAAAGCACGGACGGUUUGAGAGAACGUUUCCCUGUUUCGAGCCGGUCGAUAACAAAACGGUGUUUUCUCAAGAUGGAUUGCGCAACACCUCGUUGUGCGUGAGCAGGUCGUAUUCUCUGAGGAGAGACGGGUGUCAGAAUGCGCUCUCCGAGUCCUCGCAGUCCGUCCCCGAACUCUUGCUUGACCCAGGAUGCUUUGCUGCACGGCCAAUUCACAGGCUGGAGCAUGGGCGGGAACUCGGGGGGGAGCUCGGGGGGGAGCAGCAGCGGCGCUGACAGUGGCCCGAGCAGCCCUGCAGGCAGCGCUUCAUUACCCUCGAGCCCUUCGUCGUGCACUUACAGCCUCACUCUGACCCUGACUCAUAUCCAUGUGCAGAGGAUUUGGAAGCCUGGGAAGGAAUCCCAAGUCAUAAUGCCUCUGUCUGAACUGGCAGGGUGUAACUGCCCCCGAGCUCCCGCCCCGCCGCUGCUGGUGCUCUAUUGGUACCCGGUGGGAAGACGGCGCAGGGGCGUGGCUAAACGCAGGCAAGUGCGUGCUUACCUGGCGGAGAGCAGAGUGGAGGCGGAGAAAUGGAACACGGCUGUGCAGUGCCUGCUGAGAGGGAUCGACAUCAGCAUCUACACAGAAUUCAGCAAAAGCUUGUUGCCCCGCCCACGUCGCCUGCUGCUAUUGGUCAAUCCGUUCAGUGGGCGGGGUUUGGCAAUGCAAUGGUGUCAGACACACAUUUUACCGAUGAUCAGUGAAGCCAACAUCAGCUACAACCUCAUACAGACAGAACGGCAGAAUCACGCCCGCGAGCUGAUCAGAGAGAUUUCUCUGCACGAGUGGGAUGGCAUUGUUAUUGUCUCUGGAGAUGGAUUGCUGCAUGAGGUGAUUAAUGGCCUCAUGGAGAGGCCAGACUGGGAACAAGCAAUUAAAACUCCAGUGGGAAUUUUACCGUGCGGUUCUGGCAACGCGCUCGCUGGCUCCAUUAACCACUAUGCAGGAUAUGACAUGUGCCUUCGCGAGCCCCUACUCAUCAACUGCUGCUUCCUGCUUUGCCGUGGCGGAGUCCGUCCCAUGGACCUGGUGUCCGUGACAACAAGCCCGUCUACGUCAUCCAAUCAAAACGGACGACCCCCAUCACCCAAGAGACUCUUCUCUUUCCUCUCUGUAGCCUGGGGCUUUGUUUCAGACGUGGACAUCGAGAGUGAGCGUUACAGAGGACUCGGUUCUGCUCGCUUCACAUUGGGCACGCUGGUGCGUUUAGCAUCUCUGCGCUCCUAUAAGGGUCGCUUGUCCUAUUUGCCCCCUGGAGGGGCAAAUUUAACCCCUGAAGUUUCCUCGCAGACUCCACAUCGACCCCUUUCCCGCAGCAUCACUGAAGGACUUGAAGGAUACUGUAGAAUGCCAAUCCAUCGCACUUGUUCUGAUAUGGGUCUCAGCGAACAGAGGAGCCUCCAAAAGGGUGAUAGAGAGAGGGAAAGGGAGGAGAGAGAUCGGGAGAGGCGGAGGAGAAGAGGGAGAGCGAGAGGUGGAGGAGUGGUGAGGGCGAGCAGUCUUGCUGAGGAUCGAGAAAGAGAAAUGGAGGCGGAAGAGAGGAUGGAGGGAACGUCUGGGUUGAGUGCACAGUCAAACGGAAGAUUGGAGUCGAACGAGGAGGAGGAAGAAGAUGACUGUGCAGGAAAUACGACAGAAGAGGGAAUUGAUGAUGUAGAUGAAGGAAAAGAGGUGGAGGAGAGGAUGGAAGGCACAUCCGGGUCUAGUAUGGAGUCAAGUGAAAGACAGGAGUCUGAGAGGAAUGAGAAAAUUUCCACAAAUGAAGAAGGAGAGGAUGGGAAAUGGAAUGGCACGGAUGGAACGAGGGAUGUGAGAGAAGAAUACAGUGCAGAUGAAGGAAGAAAGGAGGAGGAGGAGGAGGCAUAUUCAAACCCAGACCAACAAAAGAUGCUUCGUAAAAACUCCGCUCCGUCCAGUCAGAUCGCAACCGCCUUCUUUAGCCGGCCAAUCGGAGCAGAUUCCGAACACGAAGUAGAAACGCAAGCAUAUGAGAGGGAAGAUGCAGAUCUGGAAGGGACUUUUUUCCAUUGUGGUGCAUUUCCAGCGGACCCGGCACGAGAGCGAGCGCUCACCAUUUCCUCACCGUUUCGUCGUUCACGGUUUUCCCUCUCGAAACCCAAAACCUCGGCGGACCAGAACAAGAACCAGAAACCGAGUGUGUCUAAGCCCCGCCCUCUUUCCCUCCUCCAACAGUCCAGUUCUAACUCCCUACCACCCAAAUUCCCUUCGCUUUCUUUGUCUCUUUCCCCAACCCCUCCUUCAUCACCUUCCAAUUCAGGCCCACAUACCUGCCUGCCAAGCUCCACCUCGUCAUCAGCCUUCUCCUUUGAAUUGGUCCAUCCUGGUCGGCUUAAAACCCGCCCCCCAGUUAUUUCCCCUGUGGAUCCACCCCCACAAGACAACCUCUUGCCCCCCCUCGAUCAGCCGCUGCCUACUCGAGAUUGGGUGACAAUUGAAGGCGACUUUGUUCUCGUACUUGCUAUCUACCAGUCGCAUUUGGGUGCCGAUUUGUUCGCAGCGCCGCAUGCACAAUUUGAUGACGGACUCAUUCACUUGACGUUUGUGAGGGCCGGGAUCUCCCGGGCAACGCUUCUCCGCCUAUUUCUGGCAAUGGAAAGAGGUACCCAUCUUUCUCUGUCGUCACCUUAUGUGAGCCAUGUUUCCGCUCGAGCGUUUCGGCUGCAGCCCCUAUCGCCACGGGGGACGCUAACUGUGGAUGGAGAACUUGUGCCCUACGGACCCCUGCAGGCACAGAUCCAUCCAUCCAUGGCCCGCAUCAUUGUGGGAGACUCAGGAGUGAAGAUCACAAGAUUCUGACCUGAAACGUGGGCAGAUGAUUUUACACACUCCGCUCUGAACUGCAUAAUAACUAUCCUGCUGUCCACUUUUAAGAGAGAAACAGAGACUUUGAGGAAUAAAUAUAGCCAGCAGUUGCAAUAAAAACAAUAGCUUUGAAUGGAAUUUAUUUAAAAGGGACUACUGUACUGGAUCACCAGUGAGUUUAAUAAAGAGAUGACAACUGGA